AUGUGGCACCAUCACCAACGCCGCGGGCCUUAUACACGUGGUGGGCACCUACGAGCGGCUCACCACCUCACUCAGCUCUACAACGAUGCGAAAGUAUCCUAUGAAAACACCUUGGGCCAAAGGAAUACGUCAACAAACAUUGACGAUGACCUUGAGGUAAUACAGUUGAGAAAAGACUUUCAAGAGCAGCAAGACCGGCUCUUGGCAUGGGGUGUAUACUGGGCUGACAAGCAGUCCGGCGGACAAUCUGUGAAAGGGAAGGAGGCUGGCUUCGAGCUCAAUAUCGAUGAGAAAGUCGACCAAGCUGGUCUGGGUGAGGUGGUAGCCAGCAUUAUGGAGACUAUACGAUCCACCCUCGCGCAAAGUGGCCAGCUACAACAUCCGGAACGAUGGAAGGAAAAUCACGGACCACCUACAGGUGCAGGGGGUGCCUGGGGCGCAUUCAAGAGCAGUCUGCUGAAAGAGAAGCUUGCAGCAUCUUCUCCUCGACCUGAUCUGGAGAAGUAUAAGGAUUACGAGUUGACUACUGGUCGGAACUUGCUGGAAAAGUUAAGGAAUAGUAUUGACUUACUGUACGACUUGGAUGAAAACCAGCAGGACCCGGUCAGUUCACAAAAGCUUUCUGCAGAAGAACCCAUACAUGCUCAAACGCAAGCAGACUCUAUAAGUGGACCUCCAUCCCUGCCCAGAACUGUCAGCGUUGAUGAGGCCUUCAGUGCAAAAGAGCUGGCUCAGCUCUCACACCAACUCCUCAGUCAUCCACUCUACAUCGAUUUCUCGAGACUAGAGGCCAUGCACGAUCCCAAUGCUGCAGCAGAGCCACCAAGCUACGAAGAAGCCAAAGAGAAUACACAACCCAUCCAGCCAAAGGCGGUGUAUUUCUUCCCAGGUAUGCAGACCCAUGUUCUGGUUGAUGUUGCUCGAGCUAGGAGUUAUCCUGUCAUUUCAGAAGCCAUGUCCGUUCACGAUCCUUUCAGGAGUGCGCAUGAAGUAGCACAGCUAGUCUCCGGAAAGGGACUACUGACCUGGGACGGCCAUCUCAAACUCCUCGGCUUCACCCUGGCUCACGGGAAUUCGAGGUUCGGUCUGGUAUACGCUCUGCCUGCACCAAGCGAUCCAACCGCACUUCAAGCUGGACAGACUUUGACUACCAGUAUUCAGGCCACGCUCGAGCACGAAACUUCGUUCCCUCCUCUCGAGAACAAGUUCAGACUUGCUUACAACAUCGGGUUAGCUGUCACAAGCUAUCUUGCCCAUGGUCACUGCCAUGGUUAUGUUAGAAGCUCAAACAUCGUAUUCCUGCGAGAGAAUGAUAAUCCCAGACUAGGAAAGACAUUGAGAUGUCCCUACUUAUUGCAACCUGUGCAGAAGCUUGUUGGUGAAUCAAAUAUUAACCUUCCUCUAUCCCAGAUCAUCUAUCAUCAUGCUGAUGCUGGUGAAGUAGGGUAUGGUACGGUCCCAGCAUACGAUGUCUUCAGUGUAGGCCUGCUGCUGCUGGAAAUUGGUCUGUGGCGACCCCUAGCAAGUUUCUGGAAACCGAAAUACGACCUUGCUCUGUUUCAUGAGAGAUUGCGAAAAUACUACAUUCCCAAGCUAGCAUCCAAAUGCGGCACCCGAUAUAUGAAGCUCGUACAGGCAUGUUUUAAUGCACCGGAUCAACUACAGGACAGACCUUCGCCUGUUGAUGCAGCAGAAUAUUUGCUGGAGAUUGUCGAAGAGCUUGGCAGAUGUUGUGCUAUCGAUGAAGCAGGUGCCCCAUCAGAGCUUGAUAUAGAAGUGUUUGAGUCAUUGAUUGAAUCUCAGCGCGUUGAUUAUCCUCAAUCAUCAAAAUCGCAGACAGCAGCACAACCACAUAUAGCCUCAACGGCCGCAUUAACGAGUAUGGUUGAUCCAACACAGCCGUCAGUCAAAAAAUCCCAAGCCUCAAGUAAGGUGAAGCAGAAGACAGCGGAUAGUUUGAAAAAAUGGCCUAAUAUGGACAUCCCACAAGACCAUCUGGAGACCUGGAACAAUAUGCUGAUGCCACGACUAAGCAAGAUGUUAAAGAAUUGUCUCAAGGACUCGAUGGAGUCAUGCAGUGUUAGUCUGAUGAUGAUCGGCAGUACUCCCGAGAAGGCGAAGACAACGAUAUGUGUACAAUGCAGAGACACUGCCCGUGUUCGAGAAACACUUUGUAGUCGCUUCAAGCCGAAGAGUGGAUGGGGUCUAGUAGUAUGUCCUGGCGAUGUCAGGAGGAGUGGACAAGUUCGACGUGCUACAAAACGAGGCUCAAAUGCACGAAGAUCAGGUGCUGACACUGAUACCGUUGAUAACAGCGCAGAGAAGCCUAGGGAGCAGCUCUAUCAACCCUGGCCUGGAUGUGGUGCCAGUAUUGGUGCUUGGACAAACGAACAGCAUUUGCCACCUGUCUCUUUUGGUGGAACUAUCAUUGUGGAUGGAGAACCGUAUGGUAUGACUGUGCAUCACAUGCUUGAUGACCCAGAUGAUGUUGAUCGACAUAACCAACAAGCUAGCCCAGAGGCACCAACGCGAUCCAUCGCACCUAGGACAACCACUCAGGUUGCUGAAUAUGGCCAUAGUCUUACGCUCAGGGCAUCGGAAGAGGAACUGCCAGAUGUUACAGAUGAGCUUGAAAUUUACAAUGAUGACGAAAUGGCAGAUACUUCGGAUGAAGACGAGCUAUCUGACACCGAAAGCGACACUUCGACUAUCAAACCAGAUUACAUGGUAAUGGACGAAGAAGGCUCCGAAUUCUUCAUCAUGGAUGAUAGUGACGACGAAGACGAUGGACCUCCUGAUCUUGAGGAUGAAGCUGGGCACUCUUCUGAAGAAUCGGACGAAGAGCUCUCUGAAACAGGUAGCAUCGGCGAUACACCCUCGGUACACGCAGGCCGGCUUGACGAUGAAGACUUUUGCAUCACACAGCCAGCCUGGGACGAUGUGCCUGAAAACUUUUUUAGCGACGACCCAGAGUACCGAGACGAGGAACACCUCUUGUCGCACUCCUUUGGAUACGUUCAUGCGUCAAGUGGUCUGAAACGCAUUACCAAGAACAACCUGAAGCACGAGGUCGACUGGGCAUUGAUCAAGGUCAACGACUCAAGACUGAACCAUGCUCUUAACCCUGAGGCCCCAGUACUGCCGGGACGGAAGUCCUCAACGACGGCUAGAAGAAGGAAGAGGGGGUCGAACAAGCCGUCAAGUGCUCCGUUCACAGAGCCACCUCUUGCUGGAGUGACGCCAAUGAUCGAGCUCCCUCGACUUCAAGUCACUUGUACAGGCCGAACAAGCGGUCGUCAAGUCGGUAAAAUCAGUCCAGCACUAUCGCUGCUCAAAUUACCAGGUCGUCGGACUUUCAGCGCAUCUUUUACUGUAGAAGGUGGCAUGGGCCUCCCAGGCGAUUCAGGUGCAUGGGUUUAUUCCGAAGAGAAGCGAGAACUGUGUGGUCACAUUCUCGCCUGGUCUGACGCCUUGAAUAUUGCCUAUAUCGCCCCCAUGGAAGUGUUGUUCGAGGACCUCAAAGUACGGCUAGCCGCAAAGGAAAUCAGACUGCCAGCGCAGCAUACCGAGAUGACCACUCAAGAAUCCACCACUACUACCUCCAAUCUUCACGCCAAAUCCACAGUCAUCAAUCGACCAAAACUUCCCCCCUCUCUAACCCAACAACAACAACAACAACACCCUAAUCCAAACCUAACCAGCAAAAUCGCCAGCCUCCAAAUCAACACCACCACCACCUCCGCCCUCACAGACGCCCGAGAACGCGCCCGCACAACCAGUCGACCCUCCUCCAAAUCAUCUCACAGGGAUGAAGCUAGCCCAAUGAGUGCCGGGAGCGCGAGCGCGAGGAGAUCGAGAGCCGAGACUGUACCGAAAACGCAGAGUCCGACGCAGUUACCUACGCCGCCUUUAGGCGGGGAUACGAAGUAUGCGAGGAAGGAUAUUUAUGAGUUUAGUGGGAUGGGGGGUGUUGAGGAGGGGAAGAAGGGGAGGGGGUUGGUGGUUGUGGCGGCGAAGGCUGUGCCGGGUUAG